UGCUUUAUCCCCACCGGGACCCGCUAAUUGAAGUCACCUGCCCACCAUCGUCGACCUAUCAACGCUGGACCAAGCCACUUCACGUCCAAUCAUCGACCAAGUCCCAGCUGAUAAGGAACUUCAUUCAUGGCGUCCUCCGCUCUCCAGCCGAGCUCAACAGCACGCAACCACUACCCCUUCUCCUACAUUCGCAGCCUCCUGGCCGGGGUCAGUUUCUUUUAUCAACUUCACCUGUCCUCCCCUUCUCUUAGUCUCUUUUCUAAUCACGUAAUUAAGCUCCUCCUGAAAGGCUUCGCUAACCAGCGCCCAGUACUCCCCGACGGUCGUAAACCUAUAACCCUCCGUAUUCUACAGGACCUCCUCAUUACUCUUCGCUCAAACCACUAUUCACCAUAUCUCAAGGCUCUCCUUUCUAGCGCAUUUCUCCUAGCGUUUUAUGGUUUCCUUCGCCUGGGGGAAUUUACCUCUCCUUCUAAUAACUUCGUCCCCUCUAGAGAUUUGUCUGUCUCUGACCUCAAGUUCCAUCCCGACUUCUACAGCCUGACCCUCAAGCACUCUAAAUCCAAAGGCGCUUGUUCCAUCAUUAUAGCACGUAAUAAUAAGUCUUUCUGCCCCUUUUUAGCUAUGUUUAAAUUCGCUCUCCUUAUAUGCAAGAUUAGCUGCGGCUCUGAAUCCCUCUUUCUCACCCCCGAAGGUAAUCCCAUGACCGCUACCUGGUUCAUUAAACACCUCAGAUUGCUCCUCGCCGCGAACAAUUUUCCCCCCAGUCAGUUUUCCGGCCACUCCUUUAGAAUCGGGGCGGCCACAUCUGCAGCCAUUCAGGGAAUCCCCUCGGCGUCCCUUCAGCAGCUUGGUCGCUGGUCUUCAUCAGCAUACUCGUCGUACAUACGCCCGGACCUCUCAUCGAUGCUUGCAGCACAACGCUCCCUCAGUGCUUAGGUAAGCUACGUUCGAAUCACUGGUGGUGGUUGGUUCACCCCUCAUGAGCUUGCGCUCUUCUCCCUCGCUGUGAUGUUAUUUUCCCUCUCGCUUUACUCCUCAUUCCCAGGUUUCUUUCAGCAGUACCAUCUCCUAACGCCCGUUUCCGCAACUCUAACAUCGCCAGUCAAUCCCUACUCUACAAUCGCCGUUCGUAAGAAGCGGUUUCUAUUUUCAUUUUUAUUUCAUUUUAUUAUAAUGUUCAUAUUCUUCCCCUUAAGUUCUUCCUCUUUAAGAUCA